AUUGGUAAAAAUGCAUUAUUUAGACAUAUGAAUAGGGAAAAUACCUUUCAAAUAAAUGAUAUACUGUAACACCCACAUUUAUAUUUAAAAAAAUGUAUCGACACGUCAUCACACUCACACAGAUGACGUCAACAACAAAAAGGUAAUUUGACGAAACAGUCGAAACACUUGUUUACAAAUUAAAAUGUAAAUCAAUGUGAGUUGCCUAUAUUCAGUUUCUCAAUAGCACAGGUUGUUGUAUUUCUUAAACAGGUUUAAUUCCAUAUAUAAGAAGACGUCCAAUUUAACCAGCAAUUUUGACAUUUCACAUUUCAGUUGUCAAUUGUCAGUCUUUAACAACAAGUGUAAUUUCUGAACACGUGAAUUUGUAUUGCACGAUCUUAAAAAAUAACUUUUAUUAAUAAAAAUGUCUAUACAAGAUAAAGUUUUGAUGCGCAAAAUAAAGAAACGUGAAAAGCAGAAAUUGAAAUUGGUCCAGAAAAAGGAAGCAGAAAAGAAAGAAGGCGAAGAACAAUUGGAUUUAGAAGUAGGAAAAGGCGUUAAACGACUUCCAGACGUUGAAGAAGGACCAGCAAAAAAAAAGAAAAAGAAAAACAAGAAGAAAAAAGAGAAAACGUUUGACGAAGAUGAUUCCGAAGAAGAUGAGAAGGAGCUUGAGAUAGAGGAAGAGAUAACUUCGGAAGAAACCUCAGAUUUAGGAAAUAAAUGUAAUAAUUCACAAAAUACCUACUUACACAUAAAACUUCGUUCAAUUCACGAUGUGUUCAACUUUAACAUAAACCAAGCAGAAAUACCAGGUUCAAGUGCAACUUUGGAAAUUUUAAGCAACAGCUCAUUUGAAUCCCUCAAAGAUAAAAUAUGUGAAAAUACACUGAAAGCUAUUGCUGAUAUGGGAUUUACAACUAUGACAGAGAUUCAAGCUAGAUCUAUUCCAGCCUUGUUGGAAGGAAGAGAUUUGGUAGGAGCGGCAAAAACUGGAUCUGGAAAGACUUUGGCAUUUCUUAUUCCCACUGUUGAUCUUAUAUACAAGUUGAAGUUUAUGCCAAGAAAUGGUACGGGAGUAAUAAUAAUAUCCCCAACGAGAGAAUUAUCCAUGCAAACAUUUGGUGUUCUGAAAGAAUUAAUGAAAUACCACCACCACACUUACGGACUUGUUAUGGGAGGCACUGCAAGGCAAACGGAAGCACAAAAGCUGUCUAAAGGCAUUAACAUUCUAGUUGCAACACCUGGUCGCCUUCUAGAUCAUUUACAAAACACUCCAGAUUUUUUGUACAAAAAUUUACAGUGUUUAGUUAUUGAUGAAGCUGAUAGGAUAUUAGAAGUCGGUUUUGAAGAGGAGUUGAAGCAGAUUAUUAAUAUUUUGCCUAAACGUAGGCAGACCAUGUUGUUUAGUGCAACCCAGAACAAAAAAACUGAUGCCCUGACAUCUCUUGCACUUAAAAAGGAACCAGUAUAUGUUGGUGUCGAUGAUGCAAAAGAUGAAGCCACAGUUUCUGGUUUGGAACAGGGUUAUGUGGUGUGUCCAUCUGACAAACGUCUCUUAGUGUUGUUCACGUUUCUGAAAAAGAACAGAAAGAAGAAAGUUAUGGUAUUUUUCAGCUCUUGUAUGUCUGUGAAGUAUCACCAUGAGCUAUUCAACUAUAUAGAUUUACCAGUGAUGUGUAUUCAUGGCAAACAAAAACAGACCAAGCGUACCACGACAUUUUUCCAGUUCUGUAAUGCAGAAACAGGCACACUUUUAUGUACAGAUGUCGCUGCUAGAGGAUUAGAUAUACCCGCCGUAGAUUGGAUUGUUCAGUUUGAUCCACCAGAUGACCCUAAAGAAUACAUUCACAGAGUUGGAAGAACAGCUAGAGGUGAAGGGAGCAGUGGACAUGCUCUACUUAUUUUAAGACCAGAAGAACUAGGUUUUUUGAGAUAUUUGAAACAGUCUAAAGUGCCAUUGAAUGAGUUUGAAUUCAGUUGGACUAAGAUUGCCGAUAUUCAGCUACAGCUGGAAAAUUUAAUCGGCAAAAACUACUUUUUGAACACGUCAGCCAAGGAAGCCUUUAAAGCAUACGUCAGGGCAUACGACUCACAUCAUUUGAAAACUAUUUUUGAUGUUGGUACUUUAGAUUUAGCAAAAGUUGCUCUUUCAUUUGGUUUUAAAGUCCCUCCUGCAGUUGAUUUGAAAGUAUCAGCAAAAAAAGCUGAGCGACCAGAUAAAAAAAGAACAGGUCUUGAUUAUUUAUCGGGUGUAGAAAAAAUAGCGUAUGCAACUCUCAUGUAA